UUUUUAUCUAACGUGUGUUGCGUUUAGAGACGUUCUUCGCUUCAAAUGUCCGUUGUAUCAUUUUUUCUACUACUUGUUCUAUGCUUUUCGUUCCAUGCAUGCAAUGCUCGAAUUCUUCGAGCUUCAGUUUCCAGUGAUUUAACAAAAGAAUUUCAGUAUUCGAACAGUACGAAAAAUGAUGAGAAGCUGAAUCCAGGGAGUUCUUCCACAAAACCUGACGGGAAAAAUCCAGUGAGAGAUGCUCCUGGAGACAUAGCAAUGGAGGUGGAUAAGAUGAAUGGUGGAUAUGAUCAUGCGGCUGGAAAGAGGCAUUUCAAGGAGAAAAGCGAUCGAGUGAAAGGAUCAGAGGGAGGAGAGAGUGAGUCUCUAUCGUCCGUUUCGAGGAGGGUAGCUCAUAGGAAAAGCGGGGGGAAGGAACCAGGAUUUAACCUGGAUUAUCUGCCACCAAGAACGCAUCCUCCUGUCCACAAUUGAUCAGCCUAGCUGCUUGGUCAUGAUCGGAUGGCCGUGAUUUGGGAUUGAUGAGGGUAUUAAUUUUGCUAUUUGUAUAUUGGAUAGUAUUUCCAUUUUUUUUAAG